GUUACAAAAAAUAGAAAAGAAAGAAGAAAAAUUCAAAGCAGUGGAGCGAGGAAAUUAUCACAACAAUAACGAACAAUGUCGGCUUCUGGAGUUGCUCGGAGGAGUUUAUCCACCGCAAUGCGUACAGCAGGCGCCUCUCGGGUGUGGUCGACAGCCCGCUCCGCUCCUGCGAAGUAUCCCCUCGCAUUCGGAGUUGUCUUGUCCGGAUUCAAGACAAGUUUUUCUGAUUUGCUGGUUCAAAAAGUAGUGGAGCGCAAGGAGAAAAUCGAUUGGCGACGAAAUGCUGCUUUUGCAGCGUUUGGUUUUGUCUAUUUGGGAGGUAUUCAAUACACGCUUUACGUUCCAAUUUUUGGUAGACUUUUCCCAAACGCUGCCAAAUUUGCCGCCAAGCCCCUCAGACAAAAAGUGAAGGAUAUUCGAGGAUUAUGCAAUUUAGGAUUGCAAACUUUUUUGGAUCAAUGUGUUCACCACCCUCUCAUGUACUUUCCUGCCUUUUACAUUACGAAAGAACUUGUGAUGGGCGGAAAAGGCAAUGACGGAAAACCAGACAUUAGUCGCGUUUUGAGUGACUACCGCACGAAUAUGAAAGAAGAUUUGAUAGCUCUGUGGAAAAUUUGGGUUCCAGCAACGCUUGUCAAUUUUGCCUUCAUGCCAAUGCACCUUCGAAUUCCUUUCGUGGCUGGUGUGUCGUUGCUGUGGACCGCAGUCUUAUCAGCGAUGCGAGGCGGAGAUGCGAUUCAUGCAGAUGAUGUGGCUGGCGGUGUUGUUACGAACGCCUCGUAUCAAAUUUUUAUGGAAGGUCUGGAUGCUUUUAAUACAACACCAGUUGAAAUGGAUCGGAAUCUCGAUCACGUGAGCAUCUCGGCAGCGGGCAAAGACAGACCAGGAAUGGUUGCACAGCUUGCUAGUCAUGUCGCCAGUCAAGGAGGAAACGUUACGCAUUCAAAAAUGGUGCGGUUGGGAGAUGAAUUUAUAAUUCAAAUGCAUGUAGCGCUGCCGAAAGAAGAAUCAAGCUCUUUUUUCAAAUCUCUGAACAACGGGAAUCUCGAAGAACUUAAUAUACAGCCUACGAGGCUAACUCGAAGAGACACGGAUGAGAAGAAGAAGGCUGUAAUGGGAAUGAAGAUUCAUUGUGUUGGAGAUGAUCGGUAAGUAACUUUCACCAUAGCUGAGCUUGUUUCAGGCAUACUUCUUCAUCGGUGUUAACUAUUGGUCUAAAUAAUUGUUGCUAAUCCACUUCUGUUUUAUGCCGGAUGCAAUUGGAACUAAAUCUCGAAAUACUGCACGUCCCUUUUAUAGCCCAGGAAUUUUGGCUGACGUCACGAAUCGCAUUGCCAGGAAAGGUAUGUCACUCGAAGACGUUGCAACCUCGAUUCGAUUGAGUACUACGGGGAAAAGAGAAUUUGUGAUCGAUGUCUUAGCUAGCUCACCAAAUGUGGAAGACAAGGAAAAUAUCGAUGAGUAUGUUGCAGAUAUUAGUUCCAUGGAAGAAGAUUUGAAUCUCUCGAAGAUGGAUAUCCGUGUACACACUGCUUAAAUAUCUGGUGAUACGAGGUUAAAGUCAGGUCUUGUUUUUUUAGCCAGGAUUGAAUUCACCACCACAUGUUAAAAAUUUGUGGGAAGUUUGGGACAAAAUUGUACAGUAAUUGUAACAUAAGUAACAUACCAUAUUAUUGCAUAUUAAGUAUUAUGUUUCAAAAAUAGUUGUAGGUACCCCUUCAGUAGUAGUCAUCGAACACAUUUGGAAUUAAUAAGAAUUGAGAAACACA